AUGGGGACCACUGAAGCUACGCUCCGGAUGGAAAACGUGGACGUGAAGGAAGAAUGGCAGGACGAAGGCCUUCCCAGGCCACUCCCGGAAGAGACAGGGAUGGACCCGCUUGGCAGCCCCACGGAAGACACGUCCUCCCCUCCCAACACAUUGAACUUCAAUGGAGUUCAUCGUAAGCGGAAGACACUGGUCGCCCCCGAGAUCAACAUUUCGCUGGAUCAGAGCGAGGGCUCCCUGCUGUCCGACGACUUCUUGGACACCCCCGAUGACCUAGAUAUCAACGUGGACGACAUCGAGACCCCGGACGAGACCGACUCGCUGGAGUUUCUGGGAAAUGGCAAUGAGCUGGAGUGGGAAGAUGACACCCCGGUGGCCGCCGCGAAGAACAUGCCCGGUGACAGCGCAGAUCUGUUCGGGGACGGCGCAGUGGAGGACGGCGGUGCCACCAACGGGCGCCUCUGGCGGACGGUGAUCAUCGGAGAACAAGAACACCGGAUUGACCUGCACAUGAUCCGACCCUACAUGAGGGUAGUGACCCACGGAGGGUACUACGGCGAGGGUCUCAACGCCAUCAUUGUGUUCGCUGCCUGCUUCCUCCCGGACAGCAGCUCCCCUGACUACCACUACAUCAUGGAGAACCUCUUCCUGUACGUCAUCAGCAGUCUGGAGCUGCUGGUGGCCGAGGACUACAUGAUCGUCUACCUGAACGGCGCCACCCCCCGGCGGAGGAUGCCCGGCAUCGGCUGGCUGAAGAAGUGUUAUCAGAUGAUCGACAGGAGAUUGCGGAAGAACCUGAAGUCGCUGAUCAUUGUGCACCCGUCCUGGUUCAUCCGCACGGUGCUCGCGGUGUCCCGGCCUUUCAUCAGCGUCAAAUUCAUCAACAAGAUCCAGUACGUACACAGCCUGGAAGAUCUGGAACAGCUCAUCCCCAUGGAACACGUGCAGAUCCCCGAGUGCGUGCUACAGUACGAAGAGGAAAGGCUCAAGGCCAGGAGAGAGAGCGCCCGGCUGCAGCCCGAGUUCGUCCUGCCCAGGUCUGAGGAGAAGCCCGAGGCGGUGCCGGCGGAGGACAGGCCUGCUCCAGCCACAGAUCAGGAAACAAGCAUGUCCUGAGGUGACAAGACUACAGAGAAGGACAAGACAGAAGAUUCCAGAUGGCAAGAAACCUCUGUCAGACGCCCUCUGGUCCUGGACCUCCUCCCCGCCUUGUCCUGACGCCCCUGUCUUUGGAGGGGGCCAGUCCCCCCCCAUCCAUCUCUGAAACCCAGCAUCCUUUUGAGCUGCUUGAAAACGUUUUUGUUUCGUUUUGUUUUCAAACAACGCGGUAUGUUCCAGAAAAGGACCUGGUUCUCAGCCCUCCACACUCGUGAGCUCGCGGCCGAGAAGAGGAAGACGGCCCAGGGCAUGGCCCGUGUGCCCUCGACGGCUUCAGAGACCCCCUCCUCGCCCUCAGCACCACCAUCACUGCACAAAGUCCUGGUUCAAGACCCUUCUCUUGUUUGUCACCUGGCCCACCCCGGAGCCACAGAUGCCCGCCAGCAACUUGGCCGGAUCUGGACUCGUUCUUGUGCCUUUUCUCCUAGAACACCCCCUGCGGCCCUGGGCACGUGGCCCGGAAGCUCAGCCCCCCCAGCAGCGCUGUGCCCCGGGGACCUCCCGUCCCUGCACCUCAUGGCUUUACACUUGACCAGCUCCCCUCGCCUUCAUCUCCCGAUCUUCUUUGGGAUUAACGGAGUCCACGAUGGCACACGCGAGCUGCUGAGAAUCACCCCCGCCCCGCAGUUGCAAACCCGCCCCCCCUUCUAGAACAUUCUCAAGCCCCUUUAAUGGACGCCACACCACAGGGCAAUCCUGAUCAUUACCUCCUACUGAGGGAAUGAAGUGUCCCCGCUUUCCUGACCCCCCCCCCAACACAGGGUUGGGAUGAGCCCCUCAGGUUCCCGCCAUGGGAAACCGGCUCUGAACCGCGAUACAGGAAGAUACAGGUUUAUUGCAGGUUUUGAGUGUUUUGAAGUUCACUUGGGAAAAUAAAUCCCAGUGGCCUGGAUGCUACGGAGACCUGCGGUCAAAGGAGGUCAAUUUACCUUGGACAGAAGUCAGACUUUUCUAACGUGGUCCGCACGCCCGUCAGGGUGGCCUUUAGAGGUAGUGAGUUCCCCGUCCGUGGAGGCAUUUAAGAAAAGGCUGGAAAGUGCUCACAGAAUGUGGUCCUCUGCGGUCCCCUCCGAUCCUCAGAGUUUCUGUUUCUAUGAAUCUGAACAAAGGUUGAGCGGGUACCUUCUCCAGGCCCCUCUUCCCGGCGCCGUCGCUGGUUUCUUAGCGGUCUAGUUCAAGUGCCCUGGGUAUGAGGUUCUUGGCCUCAGGGGAGAUGCCGGAGGCUUCUCGACCUGGGCGCAUCGAGGUGUUUUGGGUUAUUCCGAUGCCAGGAGGGAGCUGGUGGUGUUUGCUGCUGAGGGAAGGGAACACCCGACAUCUUGCCCCGUGGGGGAGGCUCCUGAACGUCCUGAACGUCACGGGGCCGUCCCGCGUCCAACGCCAGAGGCUCCGCCUCGAAAAACGCGGAGUCUGGGAGCCGAGUUGGGCCCCGCAUCUUCUGGGUCGGCGCAGCUCUGCCCCGGGAAGGCCGGGA